CAUGCUUGUGCAAUGUUACAGGGAGGCUGCUUGUUCAGAGAGGAGGAGAGGAGUGUUACUGUAGUCUCUGUUGCAGAAUGAGGAAACCACCUCAGGUGAAGAAGGAGUCCUUUUACUUUGGAGCGACACAAGAAGACGUCAAGAACAACCUGGAUUAAAAUGUUUUGGAAGUGGCUUCAGUUAUGAGUAAUUGUCAAGAUCUGAGAGACCCUGAUCCUCUCCAUGGAGUUAUUGUUUCAAAGUAUCUUCUCACCGUGUGGAAGCACAUCCGACCCAGAGCCCAGCGGUGAUGCUGGCCAUGCAGCGCUACAACUCCUCGGUCAUCACCGCCACCGUUCCCUUCUGUAACCACACCCCCACGGUGCAGGAGCCCGAGGUGGAGGCCGUAGUGGCACGCAAUGCCACCCGGCCGCCCAACGAUCCCACAGCGGCCGGCCUCACCAUGACUCUGGGCAUCCUGUUCAACGUGGUGGCCCUCGUCAUUCUCGCCAAGGCUUACAACCGCUUCCGGCGUCGGUCGAAGGCCACGUUCCUGCUCUUUGCCAGCUCCCUGGUGGCCACAGAUCUGGCUGGACAUGUCAUCCCUGGAGCUCUCGUACUCAGGAGGUACGUCUCCAGCUUUCGAGGCGAUCCCACCAAUCCGGAUGCGUCUUGUCUGUUCAUGGGAGGCUGCAUGGUGUUCUUCGGCCUGUGCCCUCUCUUCCUGGGCUGCGCCAUGGCGGCCGAGCGCUGCCUGGGCGUCACCAGGCCUUUGCUGCACGCUCGUCUGGUGACCACAGCACGGACAAAGAUGGCGCUGGCCCUGAUCUGGCUGCUGGCUCUAUGCGUGGCCCUUCUGCCCUUCUUCAGCCUGGGUGCGUACACGUACCAGUACCCCUGGACGUGGUGCUUUAUCCGGGUGAUGGAGGACACCGGAGCGACCGAUCUGGCCUUCGUGAUGCUGUUCUCCGGGCUGGCUCUGAGCUCGCUGGCGUCGGCAUUUGUGUGCAACACCAUCAGCGGGAUCACGCUGGUGAGAGCCCGGCUGAAGACGAGAUCCUGCUCCCAGCGCCGCUCGGCCAGGUCCCACGACACCGAGAUGGUGGUGCAGCUGGUCGGCAUCAUGGUCACCUCGUGCAUCUGCUGGAGCCCUCUGCUGGUCUUUGGACUGAUGUCAGCCACGCGGUCCUACAGUGGCUUCCUGGGCAAUGACAGAGACACUUAUAGGAGGCUGAUGAUGAUGGGCGUCAGGAUGGCCACCUGCAACCAGAUCCUGGACCCGUGGGUCUACAUCCUGCUGAGACGCGCCGUCCUCAGGAAAAUCUACCGCAUCACCAAAAGACAGGCCAGCUUCAAAGGGAGCACCUUCCGCUCCGUUCGCUGGGAUGUCAGCUCCUUUCAGAACUCAGAGAAAAACAGUGUUAAGAAGAUUUAAACAGAAGAAAAGGGGACAUGUCACCUAACACUUUUUAAGGGAUGCUGCUCUGUUUCUUGCCAGGGGAGCGUGCCUAUGUUCCCACAGCCCUAUGUUCCCACAGCCCUAUGUUCCCACAGCCCUAUGUUCCC